AUGACGUUGCUGAAUGUAAUCGUCUACCUCCUAGCCGGGGCUUCUUGUCAAGACAACGGCGAGAAGGCCGCGAAGCUAUUGCCGCUGGUCAAUGGCACGCUGCCCAACUCGAUCUAUUUCGAUGCAGCCGCUAGGAGGAUCGACAGUGACGCCUCCCAAGGGAUAAUCAGCUCUUGGCCCUCGUAUCCGUCAUCAGCAAGUGGCCCAGUCCAGUAUGGCAUCCUGAAGCUUGGCCUGUCGCAAAUCCGCGAUGGCUACCUGUUUGUGCCGGGGAGCUACAAUCCCAGCACAGCCAACGCCAUGAUCGUGGUGCUGCAUGCUGCCGGCAAGGGCGGCUUGGAUGCACUAGGCGUGCUCAUCGACCAGGCCAAUAGCUCAGGCAUCAUGCUGCUGGCCCCUGACUCAUGCGGCGCCACAUGGGACGGCCUGCCCUCGGAGGGGUGUGUCUACGGGCCGGAUGUCGCCUUUAUAGGCGCGGCCAUGAAACAAGUCUUUGCGCUCUACAAUGUGGACGGGUCCAAACUCGCCAUCCAGGGAUUUUCUGAUGGCGCCACCUAUGCACUGGGCCUAGGCAUGCAGAACGGAGAGCUGUUCAAGAAGAUCAUGGCAAACUCCCCGGGCGGCUUGAUUUUCACAAGCGUCAAGGGGAAGCCCCCAAUCUUCAUAUCAUCCGGCGUCCAAGACACCAUCUUCCCCAUUGCCACUGUUCGCAGCCAGGUAGUGUGCGAAUUGAAGAAGUUUGCCUACCCUGUGACGUACGAUGAGUUCACAGGCGGCCACGAGGUACCACAGCAGAUCAGGUCUGACACAAUACAAUGGUACCUGGACUUCGAGCUGGAGGCUUUCAGGCACAAGCUCGAUGGACAGGGUCUUGCCAUCGCUGAGAACCAGGAGCUCUCUCUGAAGAGCAGGCGCAAGCUGGCCGAAACAACUCGAGAUGUCAAGCGGAGAGUCUCCUCUGAGGUGCUGAAGGAAGUUGGGGCGCUCAUGAAACUCUACCAGGAAGAAGUGGACAAGCUUUCCAACAGGGCCAAGUUUGGCGAGGCAGCUUUUCUAGAUGUGUAUCAGAAACUGUAUGAGGCACCAGAUCCAGCGCCUGCCCUUGCAUAUGCCCUGGAGGUAGGGGCGCGCGCGGCAGAGAUGGAGGCGGCUGCCGCGAAGCUGGCCGGCGAGCUGGCAGAGUACAAGGCGGAGAGCCGCAAUCUGCGCAACCAGGAACACACCAUCAGGCGCCUGGAGGAGAAAGCUCGCACCCUGGAGGCACAGCUGGACGAGAAGGAGCGGCUGCUGUCGGAGGCGAAAGCGGCGUCGGAGGACGCGGCGGGGGCGCUGGUAAAAGAGAUGGACGCGAUGCGCGAGGCCGGCCUGGCCGCUGCUCUGGCGGAGGCGCGCGCGAGCGUGGCCGCCCUGCAGCGCCAACAUGAGGCAGGCCAGAACAGCAUCGCGCAGCUGCAGGCCAGGAGCGAGGAGGAGGCGGUGGGGCUGCAGGCGCAGCUGGAGAUUGCCGGUGCCGAGGUUGAACGCGCGCAUGCUCGGCUGGCUGCCCUCGAGCUGGAGCGAGAACGAGCCGCCGCGCAGGCGAGCCUUCAUUCGCCGCAGGCUAAGCCGCCCCGGGAAGACACGUCACCGACUCGUGAGCGCGGCAGCCAAGCGGCAGAGCAGGCACUGCGGAGCGAGCUGUCCAGCCAGAGGGAGCUGGCGGGGCGGCUGCACGCGGAGGCGGCGGCGCUGCAGGAGCGGGCGCGCGCAGAGAGUGCUGCAUGGGCCGAGCGCUGCGACGGGCUGCGCCAGUCGCUGGCCGCGCAGGAGGCGCACUCCACCGCCCUCGAGGCCCACCUCUCCUCCCGCCCCACCGCGCAGCAGGUGGAGAAGCUGCAGGCGCAGGUGCGCGUGCUGCAGGCGGUCGGCUACGGCGCCGUUGAGGCCGACGAGUCCGGCGGCGUUCCCUCCGCCGGCGCCGGCGGGGCCGACUCGCUCGAGGCCGCGCUGCUCGGCAAAGCCCGGCGGCUGGAGCACGAACUCACCAUGGCUCGCCUGCGCAUCGCUGAAGUGUAUCUGACGCACGCAGGCGAGGCUGAGGCGGCCGGCACGCGAGCGGUCGAGGCGGAGGCGGCGGUGGCGGCCAGCCGAUUAGUCAUCGAGCGGCUGGAGGAGGACCUGCUGGCGGCGCAGCGGGGGGCCCUGCCCAAAUCAGGCUCGGGGGUCGCCGACCCGAGCGCAACCCUAGACCUCGGCGGCGACGGGGUCCCCGAAGGGGGAGUUAGUGAAAACGGCGGCGGCAGCGAGCGCACGAUGAUCGGCGUUAUCUGCGCGCAGCGGGACCGGCUGAAAGCGCGGGUGGCACAGCUCGAAGAGCACAACGCUCGGGUGACAAGCGAAGCGCAGCAGGCUUGUGCCCGGCUGGAGGCCGCCAAGGCAGACAAUGUGGCGCUCGUGGAGCGGCUGCGAUAUGUGCAGGGCUACCAGUCGCGCAGAAAAGAAGUUGGGGCUGGUGAUGUGGAGAGCAGAUACACCAAGGAAUAUGAGGAGGGGCUGAAUCCGUUCACGGACUUCAGGGACAGGGAACGCUCUGCACGCAAGCGCCAGCUCAGCCCAGUCGACCGCGUGCUCUACGAAAUCGGCCAGAUCGUGUCCGGCAGCAAGGGUGCGCGGCUGGUGGUGAUGGUUUACAUGGUGGCGCUGCACAUGCUAGUCUUCUGGGUCAUGGCGCGCUGGAGCCACCGCCAUGCUGGCACCGGCCACAUGGGCGCCGCUGAGCUGGCGCUGCUGUGUCAGCGCCAGGGCGACAGCUCAGCGUCAUUCGUGUCCCAGCAGCAGCAAGGAAGAACGCUCUUGAACGUGCCGUGGCGGCACGAGGUUGUCAAGGGGGAGCUGUCAGGCAGCAUCCGUGACGCUGCAUCACUGCUGUUAUCACCAGCGCAGCGGCGGCGGCGAUCUCUGUAUUUCCAAGCGGCUGCAUCAGUGCCGUGUGACAGGGGUGAGGCAGAGUCAAAGGGUCAAGCAGAGUCAGAGGGUCGUAGCAAUGGAAUAAGAAAGGGCGGCAGCGCGAGUCACUUGCAGCCCUCGCAAGUCAACAGGCCAGCCGUCGAUGCGUGGCUGCGCAGAGAGCUGCAGGCACUUCUGAUGGAAGAAGAUGUGGACUUGGUAGCCCAGUACUUGUUGGGCACUGUGCUCUCCCUGUCACCCACAGGUCCUGUGAAAUCAAGGGGCAAGCCAAGAGCUUCGAAGACCCUUCCCAGCCGAGAUGAGUGGCUGAGGGCUGUCACAGACGCGGCGCGGCCCUACCUCUUUGGCAGUGCAGAGCAGUUUGCUUUGCAGCUGUGGGCUUUCAUCGCCUCAGGCCUCUCCAUCCAAGCCCAUGAUAAAAUGAAUUUUGGCGCUGAGCCGUCACCGCCUGCUGCAGCAAGAAGCAGCCCACAGACAUGGGACGAAGGCGCUGAUUGGGCCAGCGAUGACAGCGAGGCAUAUCUUUCCAUGGUGAGGGAGGCAACGCGCAGCACGGGUGCCAGCAGCGCCGUUGCAGCAGCAGCCGAUGCUGAACUUAUCUCUUCUGAAGAACCAGGGACGGAUAUUUAG